ACCUUCGUGAGAGUCACGCCGCGCUGUUCGUCUCACAAAGAAUUGACGAGAGCUGUCUCGUAUUUUCAAAAAAAAUCGAUCGCCGCGCCUCGUCACCAGUCGCGAUUUGCACUUCCCCCUCUCCCUCCCACUUGUCGUCGCUUCUCAUUCGAAAGUUUACGCGGAGUUGCAAGGCGCCACUUUCGAAUCGAUCCUCUUCAUCGAGCCUCGAAGAGGAUCAAUCGAAUUAGAGGUCAAUCGAGUUAAAGUCAUUCUCGUUGAAAUUUGAAGAGAUAUCUUUUCCAAAGUUUUGUUUUUCUUUUUUCUGAAGAGAAAGUUGUCGCAAAAGUGCAAGAUUACUGCAAACAAUUAAUACAAAUUCUCUCUUUUUUUUUGAGAGUGAAGCAGUGGAUUGGUUUGAUCGAUACGAGCUCGACGAUUACAAUCACGUUCUCAUUCGAAUAAACAUUAAAGAGGAGAUAGCAUCGAGUGUUUCUCGUGCUACAGACACAAGGACAUUAUUAUUAUUACGAUACUUCACGGGCGCGAAUUGUGUGUGAUUUGUGAUAAACAUUAUCUAUACGAGAAGCGAUACGAAAUCCUUUCGAGACUGAAAGGCAAGAGUCAUCCAUUUCGGGAAAUGUCGGUAGUGGUUCCUAUCCUGUCCGGAAGUGCAUAUUAAUCGCCUAAGGAGAACAAUGUUGACGGCGCUCCUCUGUGGCUCCUCGUAAAAGGGUAUCUCAUCGUGCCCAUCCAUUUAAUAAUUCGAUCGUUAAGUGAUGUCACGACUCGUUCCGUUUCGUUAAAAGAUGCCUUUCACGUUGUAAAGUGACCCUCGUGGAGAGAAGCUGUACACUUACGAUGGGCAAGCUUUUGAGUCUUCUGGCUCGAGACGAGUCUACCUGUUGCACACCUCAAAAGUACGACGUCUUCUUAGAUUUCGAAAAUGCACAGCCAUCGGACAUCGAACGCGAGACGUUCGAGGCAGUGCAAAGGGUGCUGAAGAAUUCAGAAUCUAUUUUGGAGGAAAUACAAUGUUACAAGGGAGCCGGGAAAGAAAUCAGAGAAGCGAUUUCGGCACCCACGGAGGAAUGUCAGAGAAAAGCUUAUCUGACCGUAGCACCCCUCGUCGCGAAACUCAAACGAUUCUAUGAGUUUUCCUUGGAACUCGAAAGGGUGGUCCCGAAAAUCUUGGGGCAACUGUGCUCGGGAAAUCUCUCACCGACGCAACAUCUGGAGACGCAGCAGGCCCUAGUCAAGCAAUUGGCAGAGAUAUUGGAAUUCGUAUUGAAGUUCGACGAGCAUAAAAUGAAAACGCCAGCGAUCCAGAACGAUUUCAGUUAUUAUCGAAGGACGUUGACGAGGGCGUCGUUGGCGCGACAGGACAACGCCGAGAAGGACCUAGUUGUCGGCAACGAGCUCGCCAACCGAAUGUCCUUGUUCUACGCCCACGCGACACCCAUGCUUCGUGUUCUGAGUCACGCGACCAUUACUUUCUUGAUGGACAACGAAGAUAUAGCGAGAGAAAAUAUAACAGAAACGCUUGGUACAAUGGCAAAAGUGUGUCUUCGAAUGUUGGAAAAUCCGAAUUUGUUGGCGCAAUUCCAACGAGAAGAGACCCAGCUCUUUGUUUUAAGGGUCAUGGUGGGUCUGGUGAUACUCUACGAUCAUGUACAUCCCCAAGGUGCCUUCGUAAAGGGUUCGAAUGUGGAUGUCAAAGGCUGUGUAAAACUAUUAAAGGAUCAGCCGCCUUGUAAGAGCGAAGGCCUGCUGAACGCCCUUCGCUAUACCACGAAGCACUUGAACGAGGAGAACACGCCAAAAAAUAUAAAGAAUCUGCUGGCCGCAUGAUUACCGAAGCAACGCGGCUGCUGCAUCAGAAGUUGAAGCCGCACUUCUUCGCAGACACUUCUCGAACGGUAUCGUCCUCGAACGACCUUCUUUGUAGCUCCAAAGAUUCAAGAGUCUCUCCCAUUCGCACGCAAAGCGCUCUUCUCUCCCGCGCGCAUCCGGUUUGACCGACCACACUGUGUGUUCUCGGAACUACGUCAAAGCUGCCCUAUCGAAAACUGCCGAGAUAUUUAAAGUCUUCGAAGAAAAAUUUAUUAAUUGACACGUUGAUAUGACCAUCGAAUUCGUAAAACGAUCGAUCGCCACGUGUUUAUUUUAUUUUCCUAUGCUCGUCCGAAAUAAUUCACGUGUGUGAUUAUAUCACUUAUUAUUUUUGCCCAUCUUAUAUGUUACACGCAAAAGAAAUAUUGUUGCGUCGCAAAUCUUCCGCACUUUAUCAUUCUCUCUCUCAUUGAACGAAAAAGAUUUUUUAAAAGAUUUUUUGUUAAGCAUUGAUGUUUCUGUUAGCAAUUUAUGCGCGAGUUUUCAAUUUACAAAAUCUUUUUAACGAUAGGAAAAGUUAAGUAAUAGCCGGAAUAGAUUUUUGCGCACAGCGAUCGUUUUUUUAUGCAACGUUUCAACCAAAGUUGUUUAUUAACAUAAUUUCCGCCCGCAGAGGACGAGAAAUUAAUUAGAGCAUAUCAUAGAGUGUAUUUAGGAUAGAUGUGGACUUUUGGAGGUGUUACGAAGAGAGCUUUAAUCACGUUAUGGAUAUUAUGGAGAUUUUUAGCUCUUGUUUUCUUUGUUGAAUGGCGAGCGAGAGGGUGGAUUGUGGGACUGUGAGGUAUUGUAAGUCGCAAGGUCGAAUAUCGGAAACUACUACUACCGGAACAAAUCUCAUUUUAUCGCCAUAAGCCCGUAUUUCAAAAGUAUUUGGGAUCUAUAUAUAAAAUGUAUCGAAUUAUUAUUGUGGGUGAUCUGAAAUCAUAUUUUGUAGCCUGUCCUUAUACAUGAUUGAAAAACGGAAGAACACCAAAGAUGCUUUUAGUGUAUAGUCAAAGUUGCUAGAACGGCAGAUGUGAUUUAAUAUUAUUAUUAUUAUCAUCAUUACUAUAUACCACGUUAUAUUACUAACCUUAUUAUAAAUGAUCUUAUGAAAGUCCUACUUAUAGUAACCAGCGAACUCACAUGUGCCGCGAUAGAAAUCAGUGAUCGUCAUAUAAAUACGGAUGUGCAAAUGUAAUUGUACACGAUUUGCUGUACUUCCUACUAACCAUACAUUUGGAGCAAAAGCAAAACUCUGAACUUUUUACAUCAAGAAAUUUAUUAUAGAUUUAUCACGGAGAUUAUUCUUCGUUUAUCAAAAUUUUUUUGAAGUAUUUAUUAUAUAAUUUUAGAAUAUUCUGUUUCUAUAUGGCUAUAUUAAGUGAUCAGUUUUUGAUUGGUUUUAUACAUACGAUUAAAUUUUUGUCUUUUUAAUUCAUAAACUAAAAGAUCAUUCGGUGUUCCAAUUUCCAGUGCUAAUUUUUGAUCUCCUAUAUUUUCUUCAUAUAAUUUUUCAAGAUUUUGUAAGAAACAUAUGUCAAAAUUCAAAACAGUUCUCUCCGAACUUUUUACUGUUAUACUAAAGAAAGAUUCGCGAUAAAUUAGGGUUAAUUUUUUUUAUAUACAUAUGUACGACGCGUAAAUAUCGAAAAGGAAGAAUUUACAGAAAUUUUCGAACUGACUUUAACACAAAACAUCUUCUUGCACGUUUUAGAGAUUAAUACUUUGAAGACUGCUUGCCGACCAUAAUGUAAAACCGUGUGUGUAAGUAUUACGUAAAAAUUAAAAAUACAUACAUUUACACGUGAAUUUAUCACGAAACGCUCAUGAGUAGCAAACCUCAAUCACUCACGACUGUAUAUAUACAGAUUGUUAUGAUAUAUUAAUGACAUUCACACAGAUAUUACUGUUACAUUGGCACUCCAUUGUAACAAGUGCCCUGAAUUAUUGCCUUGGUAAUUUUUAAGAGAAAGAUAAUGAAUACAGUAUUCAGUUAAUUUUACAUUCGUUAUAUGCUUUAUUUUGUAACGUUAUUUAAUGUCAAUUAACACGAGAAAUAUUAUUAUCGCACAUAUUACGAUUGUACUUGAAUUAAAUUAAAGUCCCCGAAGAAACGCA